AAUCAUUGACGUUCCUGCUCAUGCUCACGAACACAGUGACCAUCUUCAUCCUACCUGUCUUAUUGAUACAUGAGUUUUUGAAUAUGGCUAGAUGCCACGCGUCUCUUGUUGGUAGUUGUUCUGCAGACAGGCGCUACUGUUGCAUUCAGAUGCUGGAGUCCCCAGAUUCAACGCCCGGAUCAAACUCCACAGCGUUGCCGUGCCCACGAUAAUCGUACCUUACCCAGUUCCCCCGGCCAGCUGCUGACGACAUGGGCGUAUGCAAGCUCCUGAAUGCAUACACUGCCGUGGCAUGCUGGAUCACUCCAGCCAUCUAUAAGCGGUGUCUACCUGCAAAUUGUUGCGUAUCCGAUUUUCGUGGAAACAGCACAUUUCUAUAGCGUCUACUUUGCCAUCGUGGCGUAUAUGCAGUCUAGGAUACCUGACAACGUGGACUCACGUAAAGUUGUUCCCUCUUCGGCACAACCAUCAGUACUGCCCUUUAUGGACCCGGAAAUGAGGGAGGGGCGGUUUUCGAUUUCACGUGGGUCGUCGGAUUUUGGGCCUAAUACAUCAAAUCGUUCAUCACACGCUCGACCGCCACUGCUGCCGCUUAUACUUGCUCAACGCCAGCUGACGCUCCCAGUGCAAAGCCAGUCAGUUACCCCUACCAACAACCCAUCACCUUACAGGGGGCCCACCCCACGACGAACCUUGAUCCAUUCCAUUCCAGCACCUCUAACCACAGUCGCAAUUCCAAGCAGUUCCAGACCUUCGUCGAAUCUACAAGUAGGCGUUGUGGGUUUACGACCAGCGGUACGACAUUUGUCGGUGACGUCGUCGCCCAGGAAAAGUAUAUCUUCAUCCGAAGUGGGGAGUUUCCUAAUCACCGAGAGUCCCACAGCACGAUCUCUACUCUGCAAACUCGGACCUUCGUACCUCAUGUAGCUGCAUAACGACACAUGUAUUGUUGGCAAAUGUGUGACAAAGACUCCAAUAUACUGUAGGAUACUUGCAUUGGUAGUGC